GAACCCCAAAUCAGUUGUGAUUUAACCUCCGGAGAAAUGAGGUGCGUUUUGUUCUGUAUUAUUCUGACUCUCUACGUGGGAGUUAGAGGUGAUUCUUUUAAGCGGAAGGCAUUUGUGAGGCAGCCGAAAUGCUUGUACUUGGUGGAUCCGGGACCUUGCCACGGCAAAUUCCAAGUCUAUGGCUUCGAUCCCUUCGCCAACAUUUGCAGCUUAUUCACAUACGGCGGUUGCGGAGGAAAUCCGAAUCGAUUCGGUGAUUAUUCGCACUGCUCGAGGGAUUGUCUUGUGAGGGCGAAGGAAACUGAACCUGACGAUUCGUAUGGCGAGGAAGUCGAGGAAGAGGAAGAGGAGGAAGAGGAGGAUUACGAAGAGGAAGACGAAGAUGAAGAUAAAGAUAAAGGAGACGAGAAAGAAAAAGAAAAAAGAAAAGGAAGAUGAAGAUAAAGAUAAAGACAAAGAGGAUCAUACCGACGAAAAGAAAGACGACUCGAAAGAAGUCUCAGAGAAGGAAAAAGAAGAGAAAAAAGAAGAAAAAGAAGACGAAGACGAGGAUAAGGAUGAUGACGACCUCGCAAAAGAAAACACAGACGAAAAAAACGAAAAAGAAAAACAAAAGGAAAAUGAAGACGAAGACGAAGACAAGGACAAAGGUGAUUAUACCGACGAGUACAAGGACGACUCGAAAGAAGACCAAAGCAAAAUUAGAAAUAAACAAAAACCAAAAAAAAAGAGACCAAGCCGAAGAUGAUGAAUUUGACAACAAUGACGAAUUUGAUGAUUUUGAUUCUAGUAAAGAACAAAACACAAAAUUAAGAAAUGUUUAUAGUAAAGAACUGAUGACAAAUGAUAAAAAUAUGGAAUAUGAAAACGACAA